GUUGGGAUUUCCCACUUUCUACCAAGACCGAUUGUUCAUGUUUCGUCACAAACAGGUGGUUCCUGCACAAUACGCAUUCAAGAAUGCCCAUCACAAUGGCAGAGGAUAUUCAGACAACGGCCACAAACCUUAACGAGACUGAGCCCGAAGGUGAACGUUCCUGGUUGGUUUUCGAAUACAUAUACGAAAUUCCUAGCUCGGUGCGCAAAGGCCUAGCUAGCGUACUGGAUCGCAGCAACAAGUGGUAUGAUUUGGGGACGAAGCAAAUGGGUUUUACCGACGUGGAGUUGGAUAAUCUGAGGCAGUGCUGUACGAUCAAUAACCGAUCCACGGGUGCGGCGUUGUUGGAAAAAUGGGCAAACUACAAUCACUCCCCAACGGAACUAUUCAUUGUGCUGUCACGCGAAAAGCUUUACGAGUGCAUGGACCUCAUGAAGCAAUACGUGGACCCGCGGUAUCACGUGCUAAUCAAACCGUUGGCUAACCGUGCGCCGGCGAGGCCUCCACAGCAACCAUCGUUGAAUGAACCGGUGGCGGACAAUACUUCUAAACUUCUUAAUGGCGAACCGCCACCGGCGAAUGAACCCCGUAGAUCAUCGGAAGCCGCUGGGAACGCUAACGAUGACAAUCCUUUUGCGAAUGAAAUAACCGAUGUGUCGCAAACACCUAGAAUGACCUACGCGGAGCUUACCAAAGCAACGGACAAUUGGAGUGAGCGCCAUAUUCUGGGCAAGGGCGGCUUCGGUACAGUAUAUCUCGGAGUGUUCAAGCACACCUAUAUGGCGAUCAAACGGAUCGAUCAAAGCAAAAUAAAAACCAGUGCUGCGGGACGGUUGCAGAUGGAACAGAGUUUCAACGAGCUACGGUUUCUCAAUGCGUGUCGCCAUGACAAUAUCGUACCCGUCUUCGGGUUUAGCGUUGACAAAGAACCAUGCAUUGUGUAUCAGUAUAUGGCCGGUGGAUCGUUGGAUAAGAGUCUAUUCGCACGCCGUGCCGUAUCGACUCUGACUUGGAAGGAACGGAUGAAUAUUGCAUGCGGAACGGCCAGAGGACUUCAGUAUCUACACACAUUCGGCGAAAAACCGUUUAUCCACGGUGAUAUCAAACCGGGAAACAUUCUGCUGACCGAAAGCAAGCAGCCACGAAUAGGGGAUUUUGGGCUGACACGCCAGGGUGCCGCUGAGGAUUCGGCCACAGUUAUCUCACGCGUUUACGGUACGCGACCAUACAUUCCGAAAGAGUUCUACGAUCGAAAGGUGCUUAGCACGAAGGUCGACACGUACAGCUUUGGUGUGGUGCUAUACGAGAUAGCGACGGGAUUGCGAGCUUGGGACGAGCGGCGCCUUGACAAGCAUCUGAAGGACUUUAUGACACGCGCAGUACACGAGAAAGUGCUCAUCGCCGAUCUCAUGGACAAGAGAGCCGCAAAAGACCGCAACGGUGCACUCUAUUGCUACUAUAUGCUGCUGCAUGGUCAUGCAUGUACCGCCGACGAUCCUUCCAAGCGCCCGGAUAUGGUAACCGUCAUGAAGCACCUGGAGAAUGUCUUCCGAGGCAGCGACAAACUGGUGAAUGUUUCUUCGCGACUUUGUGCUGAAUUUACUCAUUAUGCUAGCUUUUAACAUUAACGCCUUACCCUUCACUACGGGGCAUAAAAAUUGCCUUUUAUUCCAUGUAGCAGUCAAACUACUGAAAUGUUAACCUGUUGGUAGAACCUUUUGAGCUGUUUUUUUUUUAAUAUGUACACAUCAAUGUUACAGCCAUUCGAAGCAGUUGUAUAGAAUGCAUUCGAAAUGCGAAAUAUAUGUUAUACUUUUUUACAUAAAAUAUUUAGACCGUAAGUGAAAGAAAGCAGCAAGAAAGCAGGAUAAUACCCAGAGUCAUUAACCAGACUAAAUUAUUUGGUCUCUAAUUAUUCCCUAUGAUAGUCCGUCAUUUCUUUCCCAUGAGCGAACAGUGUAAAACACCGCAUCAUGAAUAUAAGUUCUAUUUACUCUUUCAAUUUCUUUCGUACAGUUGCUGCAGCACCAUUAAUACUUUAUAUACCACCGAUUUCCUUGGAUGAAAUUUAU